AUGGACGCCUACUAUAGGGAGAUCAGAAAUCUCAAAGCCAAAUUCUACAAUCUCGAGUUCCACCGCAUCCCCAAGGACGACAAUGUUGCAGUAGAAGUCAUGUCUAAGCUUGGAUCCAAGCGAGCCCUCGUGCCUGCAGGUGUAUUCAUCCUAGCACUCAACCUUCCUACAGUCAAGAUAGAGGAAGAACCCCCUACAAAGCCCGACUGGGUCUCGGCCCUAGGGGAACAAGUUCUAACUCUCGACACCGACUGGUGCUCCCCCAUUAUCGACUUCAUCAAGAACAACAAAAUCUAUCCAAAAGGAAAGGAGCACCAGAAGCUUGCACGUCGCUUAAACAACUACGUCGUUAUAGGAUACGAGUUUUUCAGGCUCUCUACGUCCUCAGGAACCCUGUGCAAAUGUGUAACACUCUAA